GUGGCCUCUCUCUCUCUCUCUCUCUCUCAAAAAACCUUAGGAAAAUACAAUACUCACUCCCAUUUCCAUUUGUGCUAUCUUCUUCUGCAUACAUUCUUUGUCCUCUUUUUUUCACCACUUUUGCUUUCUCUUUCUGCUUCCCUCUCUGUUUUCCAACUACUCCUUUUUUCCCUGUGCCUCAAUACUUGUCUCUUUAACGUUUCGCUUUCUCUUUAUUCUCAAAGAAUCUCUCCUCCUUUAUUUUCAAUGCAAAUCUGAAGAAAAGAAAAAGGAAAAAGAGAAAACAAUGUUCUCUACAAGCAGGGUUAAGAGUGUUUUUCCGGCGAGGACGGUGCGCUUCUCCGUCGCCGACCCUGACGCCACCGACUCCUCCAGUGACGAAGAGGGAGGCUUCAGUGUGAAGCGCCGAAGAGUCAGAAAAUUCAUCAACGAGGUCAGAAUCCAGCCCUGCUGUAGAGAGAAUUUUUCCGCCGCCGCCGUCAAGAUAAGCAGCCGCCCCCGGAGAAAGAAGAGCGGCGGCGUCGCGACGAAGUUCCGCGGCGUGCGGCAGCGGCCGUGGGGGAAAUGGGCGGCGGAGAUUCGCGACCCCCUGCGGCGCGUGAGGCUGUGGCUCGGCACCUACGACACGGCGGAAGAAGCCGCUAUGGUCUACGACCACGCGGCUGUACAGCUGCGUGGCCCCGACGCGCUCACCAACUUCUCCUCUCCGAGCGAGGAGCCCAAGUCGCCCAUGUCUGUGCUACGGUUCGUUUCCUUGGCUGACUCCCAAGCGGAAGCUGAGCCUGAAGCCGAAGCCGAAGCCGAGUCGUCUUGUGCUUCCCCCAAAACGACGCCGUCGGGAAAGAAGCCGAGUUUGUCGGAUUUCGCGAUAUUUCCCCCGAGCGACGAUAUAUUCGGGGAGUUAAACUUGUUUGAUCAAGCCGGUUUCUCAGGCGACAUUUUGGGUGUGGAUUUCAGCAGCAGCGAUUUGCUUAUCGGGUCAAGUACAGAUUUCGGGCUCGGGUCAUUCUGCUGGCAAACCGACGACUUUUUUCAUGACCUUGGAGAUAUAUUCGGGUCGGAUCCUCUCGUUGCACUUUGAGUAUUGUAAUCUGAGAUUUUUUGUAGAAUUCUUCGGUAAUUUUGGGUUGAUUAAUUAGUGUGUUUUAUUUUAUUUAUUUGUGACCUAAUUUAAUUUAUAGUGAAUUCGAAUGUUUAUUGUGCUACUGAAUAAUCAGCUCCAGUGAAUUUUUAUGCUAUUUUUGUG